UCACUUUCAUGUUGUUGCCAAGCUGAUACAAUGAUCUCUGUACAAAACAAAACCUGAAACAAACUACAUUAAAACAAACAUUUGACAUCCUAGAAAAAACUUUUAAAAAUUUAAGGAAAGAAAAAUGAAAGGAAGUUUGAUAGAGUUCUCUAGAAGAGUUGUAAGACUCCCAAAUAUUCUUAAUGGGCGAUUUUAUUGCUCUCCUUCUUCCCUACCUCCCAAUAACAAGCUCUUUGUUGCUGGUUUGUCAUGGUCUGUGGAUGAAAAGUCGUUGAGCGAUGCAUUUUCUUCAUUCGGGCAAGUAACAGAAGUAAGGAUAAUGUACGAUAAAGAAACUGGUCGAUCAAGAGGCUUUGGGUUUGUUUACUUCUCAAAAGAUGAAGAGGCCGGCUGUGCAAAGGACGCCAUGGAUGGAAAGGCAUUUCUAGGUCGCCCAUUGAGGGUAAGCUUUGCCCUUGACAAGGUUCGUGGUGCACCUGUUGUUGUCCCUCGACUUACGGGCACUGGAAAAUACUGAUGCUAAGAGUCGUUAAUUUUUGUUCGUGAUAGUGCUUGUGGCAUUAAAGAGUGGUUUUCUGUAGCGUUUUUUGGUUAAGUGAAUAUACCAUGUGUUACUUGAUUAAUUUACCGAUAUGGACGCUUAACAAAAGGCACUUUAUUGUAUUCAAAAGCUACUAGGAAUGAAACUAGCGCUGGGGUUGUCUUGUGGAAAUUCACUUUAUGUUAAUUUGAGUUGUACU